CAAUAAGCGGCGUACACGAUUAUAACGGAGGUGAAAUCCACGAACACGGGUGCUGACAAACCAAACAAUAUCAUCGGGGCGAAUCUGGGCUUCGAACCACGACCAUAGCUUUCUGAUAGGCAAGUGUAAGGGACGUAACUCCACACAGCUCAUGUUUCAGUCUUCAACAGCUGGGCAAUCCGCUCCCCCAUUGUCUACGUAAGUAAGCUGACGACUAAGAAGAUUACAUCUGAUCAACGAGUUAAUAGACUGGCGUGACUCAUACCGAGUUUGAUAAACGUGCAGAUGACCAAUGAUGUACUACAUAAUUGCCGUGGUAGUAAUUGGUUACAUUUUGGUCACGUGGUUUGUAAGGAGUCGCCGAUUAAAAGACUACAGCGAGAGAUUCGUGUUCAUCACAGGAUGUGAUACAGGUUUCGGCAAUGGCUUGGCUCGACGGUUGGACCAGCUAGGUUUCCAUACAUUUGCUGCCUGCCUUACCGAGAAAGGCGCAGGCGAUCUAACAGAAGCUACGUCUGCUCGGCUCGUGGCCGUCUGCUGUGACGUCACAGAUGACGAUAGUAUCAAGCAGACACUUGCCACUGUCAAGUCACAUUUACCCAAUAACAAAGGAAUUUGGGCGUUAGUGAACAACGCAGGGGUGACAGGGGCCGUGGCACCAUCAGAAUGGCUCAGUCGGGAGGACUGGAAGAUACCCAUGUCCGUCAACGUCUUGGGGAUGGCAAGCGUCACUAACCACUUCCUCCCUCUCCUGCGCAUGUGCGGGGGUCGUAUCAUCAACACGUCUAGUGUUUUAGGGAGGGUUGCAGCAGGCCCAACCGCCUACGUCGUCAGCAAAUACUGCGUGGAAGGGUACUCGGAUACGCUAAGGCGAGAACUGUUGGAUCAGGGCGUGUCAGUCCACAUCAUAGAACCAGGAGCCUUCAAGACGAACAUCACAAACCCGGACCUGCUCACUGCAUCAAUGGAGAAAGUGUACCGGAAGUUGGACCCGGAAGUGCAACAGUAUUAUGGGAAGGAGUACUGUUCUGGGUUGCGGACGUUGAUGACGCUGCUGUCGAGAUGGGAAGCUGACGGAAACCUGGACAAAGUGGUCGACGCCUACACACACGCCAUCACCGCCGUGUACCCCAAAACAAGAUACGUCGUCGGCGUUGACGCCAACACCAUCUUUACGCUCUUGUGGAAUGUCCCAGACAGAAUCACUGACCUAAUUCUGGGCCUUACCUACCCAAGACCUCAAGGUGAACGCUGACGAGCAGAGUAGGAUGAACGUGAUGGAUACAAACGCAACACUUUAAGUUUCAUGUAUCGUCAAAUCGUGUUUGGUUGUUUGUUUGUUUGUUUGUUUGUUUGUUUGUUUGUUGUUUAACGCCGCACUGUGCAGAAUUCCAGCUAUAUUUCCUGUUGCAUAUCAGAAUACAUAUAUGCUAUCAAUAUACCAGCAAAGUAUAUUCAUUAAGAUGCUUGUCUUCAUUAUUGAAUCAAUAAAUAAAAAUAAUUAUCUUUAA